CAUAUCCCUCUACUCUGUCCUCCAGCCCAGUUGCACUAUGUAGCUGACAUGAGUGCGCCUAAGCUGUGAGUGGAAUGAAGGUUGCAGGGCCGAGGGUGAAGGAGGGAUGGAUUAUGGAUGGACGGACGCUCAACCCAUGCUAGAGUUUGGGUAUAUAAGAGAGUCUUCUGAUGCUCAAGAGACAAGAUCUCCUUCUCUCCUCCUCUUCUGCAUCAAGCAACUUUCUCCAUCGAUCAGAUAUAACCCCUCCUUGUUAUUUCGACGGGCUGUCUUUGAGGAUAACUUCACUCCUGUCCGACAUACCAUAGUGCAGUCGAAACUCGAAGAGCCAAGAGCUAGCCUUCACCCACCAUGUCCCUUCCCGCAGACUUCAAAUGGGGCUUUGCCACAGCUUCCUAUCAGAUCGAGGGCGCCAUUGACAAGGAUGGCCGAGGCCCCGCUAACUGGGAUACCUUCUGUGCCCAGGCUGGCAAGAUCGCAGAUGGCAGUUCUGGUGUCACCGCCUGUGAUUCUUACAACCGAACUGCUGAGGACAUCUCUCUUCUCAAGUCCCUAGGCUCCAAGGCCUACCGAUUCUCUAUCUGCUGGUCCAGAAUUAUCCCACUCGGUGGUCGUAAUGACCCCAUCAACCAAGCUGGAAUCGACCACUAUCGCAAGUUCGUUGAUGACCUGCUUGAUGCCGGCAUUACUCCAUUCAUCACUCUUUUCCACUGGGAUGUUCCUGAUGAGCUGGAUCGCCGAUAUGGUGGUCUGAUGAAUCGCGAGGAGUUCCCUCUUGACUACGAGCGUUAUGCCCGUGUCAUGUUCGAGGCGAUCCCCCGCUGCAAGAACUGGAUCACCCACAACGAGCCCUGGUGCUCAGCCAUUCUUGGUUACAGCACAGGUUCCAACGCUCCUGGUCGCUGCUCUGAUCGCAAUAAGUCUGACGUCGGUGACUCCUCUACUGAGCCUUGGAUCGUUGGCCACAACCUUCUUGUCGCCCACGGCCGCGCCGUCAAGAUUUACCGUGAGGAGUUCAAGCCCAAGAACGGCGGUGAGAUUGGAAUCACCCUCAAUGGCGAUGCCACAUACCCUUGGGAUCCCAAGGACCCAAGGGAUAUCGAGGCUGCCGAACGCAAAAUUGAAUUUGCUAUCUCAUGGUUCGCCGACCCCAUCUACUUUGGAGACUACCCAGCCUCGAUGCGUGCCCAACUUGGCGAUCGUCUCCCUACAUUUACACCAGAGGAGAAGGCCCUUGUCUUGGGCUCAAACGAUUUCUAUGGUAUGAACCACUACACAGCCAACUAUGUUAAGCACCGUGAGGGCGAGGCUGCCCCUGAGGACUUUGUUGGCAACCUUGAGCUUCAUUUCUGGAACCACCGAGGCGACUGUAUUGGCGAAGAGACCCAAUCUACCUGGCUGCGACCAUGUGCCCAGGGUUUCCGCGACCUACUUGUCUGGAUCUCUAAGCGUUACGGCUUCCCCAGAAUGUAUGUCACUGAGAACGGCACGAGCAUCAAGGGCGAGAACGACAUGCCACGGGAGAAAAUCCUCCAAGAUGACUUCCGUGUUCAGUACUACGACGAUUACGUCAGGGCCAUGGCUGAUGCUUCGCGACUCGACGGUGUGGAUAUCCAUGGCUACUUCGCCUGGUCUCUGCUAGAUAACUUCGAGUGGGCUGAGGGUUAUGAGACUCGAUUCGGUGUGACUUACGUCGACUACGAGAACGACCAAAAGCGUUACCCCAAGAAGAGUGCCCAGCACUUGAAACCCUUGUUCGACAGUCUCAUCAAGAAGGAGGAGAAUGGCUUGAACGGGGUGGGCAAAGUCAAGGCAGGACAAACUUGAAACCGGCCGAGACUAUAUGAUUAUGAUAACUAUAUGAUUUUUUGCGUAUGAAUAUGAACUAUAUAUCAAUUACUUAUUGUUAAAAGCUA